AUGAGUUUAUCGAGAUUUGAAAGAAAUGGUUCUACUACAUCUAUCGGUGAAUCGAAUAGGGCAGAAGAGCUGGCAGCUCUAAGUUCAAAUUUGGCUGGAGAGGCGACAAGGGUAGAAGGGGCGAGAAAUGGCUCACCUUCUGAAUUAAGUCCUAUUCCUAGACGUGUUUCAGGAGCCAAUAUUAUUGGAUCUUUAGAUCAGACUAAUAUUAAUUCUGUCCAGGGAUCAUUCCCAAAGAAUAGAGUCGGAUCAGGAUCAGGAUCAGGAUCAGCUAAUCCCAAUGUUUCUGGAAAGGUAUACCCUCCGUCGCCAAUAUCACGGUCAGGAACUGCUUCACCAGCUGUUUCUUCUUUGACAGAUCGUAUCUGUGGACUGAACAAAAGCCAGGUGAAUCAGAGAGACAUCUACGGCCGUACAUUGCUACAUCUGGCUGCUUCUGCCGGUCCUACGAGGAUAGUUAAUGCGCUUCUGGAUAAUCAUCAUAUUGAUACAACUCUUUUGGACUAUGAGUCAGGAUGGACGGCUCUACACAGAUCUCUGUAUGCUGGAAAUAUCUCAGCAGCUCAGUUGAUUAUGACCCACUCGCAGGAUUCAAUCCGUGCAAAGGAUAGGAACAACGAGUCGCCAUUUGAAGUCAUGAAUGCUACUUUUUUAGGCAAUGGUGGCUGUUUAUGGGAUAAACCAAUAGACAGUACUAUUCUGAGAAGGAGAAGAUUGAGGCGCAGAAGAGCAAUUACAAGCGAAUCUGAACAAUAUACCAGUUAUAGCGACAGUGAUGACGAAGCCGAUGAGGACGAUACUAACGAUAAUGACCAUGCUGAAACAACAGUCAAUACAAAUAGAGACAAAUUAGAGUCAUCGCGAUUGUUCAUGUUUGGAUCCAACACAAAUCAUGUUCUUGGAUUUGCCGACCCUGACGAUAGAACAAACCCAGAAAUGGUUAAACUCGAUAGAUAUGCCGACAGUGAAAAUGCAGGCCAGAUGAUUCCAAGAGACCGAUUCAAGCCAUUUGUUAUAAGGGAUGUGAGGAUUUCGAAAUUGCAUACCGUCGUACUCACUGAUGAUCCUGUAGACAAUAUGUACAUCUGCGGUAUUCCUCGAGGUGGCAGACUUGGUCUGGGUCAAGCUAAAGCAUCAACUCAGUUCACAUUUACCAAACUGUCAGGUUUUUCCAAGCCUUCAUCUGUUGAAGCAGUAGCUACCGGCAUAGACCACACUGUACUUGUCACAGAUGCAUUCGAGUGUUAUACAUUCGGUUCUAAUCGUAAUGGCCAAUUGGGCUACCCGGUUGGCAAAACAAGACUUGAACCUUCGUAUUCACCAAGAAGAGUCACUGGCGAGCUAAAGAGGAAGCAUAUUAUUGGCUGUGCUGCAUCCAAUAUCCAUACCGUUGUGUACACAGAUUCUGAGGUAUUCUGUUGGGGUAAAAAUGUUGGCCAGAUGGGAUUUAUUUCUGACAUUUCUGCGGGUGGUAUCCCUAUUCCUACCGGUUCUGUUGCCAGCAACCUCGACACAGUAGGUAACAGUACUAAAUUAGCUACGAGCAAUUCUGUUUCUAGUGCCGUUACUAAUAAUGCAAACUGCAUUAUCGAACCCAGUCCCAGAAACAUGCUUUUUGAUGUUGGAAAUGGUAGAAUCGAAAUGGUAUGUGCAACAGAUAUCGCAACUAUUAUUCUCCCGUCGAAAAGACAGGAAGUAUAUGUCUUUAUGAAUUCUGUAUUUUUCAAAGUUCAAUUCCCUGUCGACAGUAUCCUUCCUGAAAUGAAGAGCUUCAAUUCUUACAGUCAUGCAGCAAGAAUUACUUCAUCUAUCUAUAUUGUUCGCAUCUCGGCUAGUAAGAAUGGAACUGUGUGUGCUUUAGACAACAUUGGCUCGGUAUAUACCUUUUCUUUAUCGCAGCACUUUGUCCACCCUUCUGCUGUUAGUACUGCCGAUCCUACUUUGCUACGACCCGGAAAUUUAGCACGACAGUUGCGUGUAUCCACUGUAUGGAUAGCAAGAAAGAAGCAUUUGGCAGUUAGAGAUGUGGAUAUUGCCGACGAUGGGUCGGUAAUUCUAUGUACACGGGCCGGCAGCGUCUGGAAGAGUACCACCAAAAAGGGCAAAUCUAAGGGUAAGACUGGUCGUCGGUCUAGAGGUGGUGAGUACAAGUUUACUAGAGUUCCGUUUAUUACUAGAAUUUGUCAAGUAAGGUGUGAUGGAAUCUUCGGCUCAUUUGCCGCUAUAUGUGAAGACGUCAUUCCUCCAACACUCUCAGUGGACAAGUCAAAUCUUAGCGACGACUUGCAUUUCUUGGUUCCAUUUAUCAGUGGUGAUGAAGAUAGGGCCAGUGAAAAGUUGAUAACCCAAUCUCAGAGCAAAUCCUUUUACCGUCCGCUUGAAUUCGCCCUUCCAUCUGGUAGUAUUUACAAAGAAACAAAAAUGACUCCACUAGAGAGUGAUACAGAACUUAGUUUUCGGGGUCUUGCGUCUUGGGUAUCGUCAGAUGCUGCUGAUGGGCUGAGACUUAGUUUGAUGGACAUUGAAGAGAGGGUACGCGGUUACGAUAUGGUAUUACGAGUUGGAUCUCAUAUUAUCCCUGUUCACAAAUCGAUUCUCUCGAGUCGUAGUAAACAGCUCAAACAACUUAUUGAAGAGAAAGAAGACUCAUAUCGCCUAAAAUGCUCGGGUUGUGAAGCCUAUAUGAAAAGAACUACCCACAAAGAAAGACUCUGUAUCGACUUUGAGGGAUUUGAGCCCUUAACCGUCGUUAUUUUGGUUUAUUACAUCUACACGGACUAUUCAUUGAAACCAUGGGGUGAUUUCCGGAAGUCUGUUCCUAAAGACAUUCAAAAGUCUAAACAAGAGCUCAGUGGUCUCAAAAUCACACUUGGACUGCCCAAUUUUUGGGUAGAAGUGUAUCGUGACGAUCAACCGUGUCGUGAUUUGCAAGGUGAUUUGCUUCUAGCUCUGGCCAAUAAUCCCACAUAUGCUGACGUCGUCAUACUACUAAAGGAUAACCAGCAAUACAUGGCUCAUAGCUAUAUCUUGAAAGUACGCUCGGGGUAUUUCUCAGCUCUGUUUUCCGAAAGGUGGUAUAUUAUGAGAACUCAUGAUAGUAAUGGGCGACAAACAAUUGAUCUAAAAUCGAUACCAUUAGAUGUUUUCGCGGUUGUCAUUGCACACAUUUACGGAAACAAAGAAGAAGAGCUUUUCGAUGGUGUUAAAAGGUUCGAUAGUGCAAAACUGUUUUUACGUUUUGUUUUAGACGUGAUGGCUGCUGCAGAUGAACUCCUAUUGCCAAAAUUACGACAGAUUUGCGAGUGUACCAUCAAACAUUUUAGUGAGUUAUUCCGACCUAGGGGAAAAUUGACGUAUUCAACUAACAUGAGUAUAGUUACUGUGAAAAAUGUGGGAUAUCUCUUAACGGAAAUUUUGAACUAUCCUGGAUCACAAUUAGAAGAAGCAUUGAUUUUCUUUGUUGUUCACAAUUUAGAGUGUCUACUAGAAAAUGGGUGA